AUGUCCGACGACAACAAUCAACAGCAAGGAUCUAAUGAAGCUAUCCAAUUAAUUGAUGAAAAGAAACAUUUUGCAAAGGAUACCAUUGCGUACUUUAGUAAAUGUUUAUCUUCAACGAAUGGUAAAGACGAUGAAACCACAUCAGACUAUCAUGUCAUUUCUGUGUUUGGUUCUCAAUCAUCAGGGAAAUCAACAUUAUUGAACAUCCUAUUCAAUACAUCAUUUGAUACUAUGGAUGCUCAAAUUAAAAGACAACAAACAACAAAGGGGAUCUGGUUAUCGCAUACUCAUACAAUCAACACCACAAAUUCUUCUCAAACACCUACAUUAUCAGACAUGUUUAUAUUAGAUGUGGAAGGUUCUGAUGGUUCAGAAAGGGGAGAAGAUCAAGAUUUUGAAAGGAAAGCUGCUCUUUUCGCAAUUGCAGUUUCUGAGGUUUUAUUAGUUAAUAUGUGGGAACAACAAAUUGGGUUAUAUCAAGGGAAUAAUAUGGCGCUUUUGAAAACUGUCUUUGAAGUUAAUUUAUCUUUAUUUGGGAAAACUGUUAAAAGUAAGAGUGAUCAUAAAGUUUUAUUAUUGUUCGUUAUUAGAGACCAUGUGCGUGUUACACCAAUGGAUUCAUUAAAGGAAACUUUAGUUAAUGAAUUGGAGAAAAUUUGGACUGAAUUAAGUAAACCUGAUGAAUGUAAAGAUACAACACUUUAUGAUUUCUUUGAUUUAGAAUUUAUUGGGUUAGGUCAUAAAUUAUUGCAAUAUGAUCAAUUCGUUAAAGAUGUUAAACAAUUAGGUGAUUCCUUUAACAAAUUACCUGUGGAGGAUGGAUCUUUGUUUAAGGAAAAUUAUCAUCAUCCCUUACCCUUAGAAGGUUGGUCCAUGUAUGCGGAGAAUUGUUGGGAACAAAUUGAAAAUAAUAAAGAUCUAGAUUUACCUACGCAACAAAUCCUUGUUGCAAGAUUUAAAACUGAUGAAAUAUUAAAUGAAUGUUUUGUAAAAUUGAUCACCGAAUAUAAUUUGGAAAUUAAUUCAAUGGUUAAAGAUAUGGAUUUAUUAACUAGUUUCCUACAAAAAAUUAAAAAUUUAGCAGUACAGGAAUAUGAUCAGCAUGCUUCUCGUUAUAAUCAAGUUGUAUAUCAAGAAAAAAGAACCGAAUUGUUGAAUAAAAUCGAUUCCAAAUUUUUGGAAACUAUAAACACUUUCCUGGAAGACUUGUCCACUGAUUUAUUAUUGACUUUUGAAUCAAAUGUUAACGCUAAAGAUCCAUCCUCUCCUUCAUUCAUUGAAAAAUUAAAUUCAAAUAAAACAAUAAUUAUCGGUAAGUUCAGCUCUGUAUUAUUAAAUUUUCAAAAUUUAGACCUUCUAUCCGAAACUGACGGAAUUUCUGAUAUUUUCAGAGAACGUGUUAUGGAAUCUUAUGAUAAAUUACGUGAAAAGGAAUUGAAUUCAAUCAUAUCCAAAUCAAAUAAAACAAUAUCAAACAAAAUUAAAGAGAUGACAAUCUUUAAUUUAUCACAUCCGUCUCUGAAGGUUUGGGAUAUUAUCUUGGCAAAUUUUGAAAGUAUAAAUGAAUCCACUUUAAAGAAAUAUCGUGUCAAAAAAGAUGUUAACAAUGACGAUGACAUGGACUAUGAUUUUAGAUUGGGUUUAAGUGAGGAAGACAACAGGCUAGCAUAUAAGAGAAUUAGAUCGCAUGCUUGGUAUUCAUUAAGUACAACAGUCCGCGAUUAUUUAAAGGAAGAUACCGUUGUAAGUAUUCUUAGAGAUAGAUUUGAAAAUAAAUUUAGAUAUGAUCAUAACGAUGCUCCAAGGUUAUGGACAAAUGAAGAUGAAAUUGAUCAAGCAUUUGCCCUUGCUAAAGAACAUGCUUUAGAGGUAUUUACAGUUCUCUCUUUAGCAAAAACUUCAUAUAAUAUUGAAAUAAUCCCUGAUGUAUCAUCGCCUCUUGGCAAUGAAUCCGAUGACGAUGAUGAUAAUGAUGAUGAAGAAAAAGAAUAUGAAGACGAAUUAGGUAUUUAUCAUACUAAUAGAUUUGCUCAUAUUUUCAAUGAAUUACAAAAGGAAAAAAUCCUAAGUCAAUUCAGAAGACAAAUCAACUUAACUGUAUUAGAUGCUAAGAGGUCAAUCAUUACGACUACAACACAUAUCCCUAUUUGGAUCUAUUGUCUCUUAGUUGUUCUUGGUUGGAAUGAAUUUAUGAUUGUUAUUAAAAAUCCACUUUUCGUUACGUUAAUAAUAAUUUCCGUUGUAACAUUUUAUUUUAUUCAUAAGUUUGAUUUAUGGGGCCCAGUAAUUACUAUCAUCAAUACUGCCAUUGGUGAAACGAAGGGAACAUUAAAGUCAAAAUUAAGAAAAUUUGUCAUUGAUGAUGACGAACAUGGGAAAAAACGACAAACUACAAAAAAGGUUUCUAAAGAAAAGGACUCUGAGAGCUACGAAAUGGAGGAUAUGUGA